AUGAAUGAAUUUCUCGAUAAAUAUGGAACCGAUACAACUACAAACUUUCAACUUAUGAGAUGGGCGAAUGAGUUAAAUAUAUCACCGUUUUAUUAUUGUAUGAGAGAUGAAAUAAAUAAUCUGAAAUAUAAGAAAGGUAAAUUUUACGCUAUAACAAAUAUACAUACUUCCGAUCAAAAAGGAGUUCAUCAUUCUGCUUUGUACAAAGACUCUUCAAAUGACUUAUAUUUCUUUGAUUCUUAUGGAUUAGAACCCACUUUAGAAACCAAAAAACCUAACGCUACAGCGUGGAUAAAUAAAGCGAAACCUUACUUCCUGGAUCAAAUCGGUGACACUCUUCAAGGUGAUUUAGAUAUGAACAAUUUUAAAGUAACUAAUUUAAAUUCUCCGGAAAACGAUAAUGACGCUGUUCACAAGAAAUAUUUACGGGAUCAAAUAAAUUCAAUUGAAGUAAAUAAAAACCAUUUAGAAGAUAAAAUAAAUGAUAGCGAAAUCAAAACCUAUAUUCAACAACAAAUACAAAACAUAGAUAAUAGUGAAAUCAAAACCUAUAUUCAACAACAAAUACAAAACAUAGAUAAUAGUGACAUUAAAACCUAUAUUCAACAACAAAUACAAAACAUUGAUGAUAGUGACAUUAAAACCUAUAUUCAACAACAAAUACAAAAUAUUGAUGAUAGUGACAUUAAAACCUAUAUUCAACAACAAAUACAAAAUAUUGAUGAUAGUGACAUUAAAACCUAUAUUCAACAACAAAUACAAAAUAUUGAUGAUAGUGAAAUUAAAACCUAUAUUCAACAACAAAUACAAAAUAUUGAUGAUAGUGACAUUAAAACCUAUAUUCAACAACAAAUACAAAAUAUUGAUGAUAGCGACAUUAAAACCUAUAUUCAACAACAAAUACAAACUAUUGAUGAUAGUGACAUUAAAACCUAUAUUCAACAACAAAUACAAAAUAUUGAUGAUAGUGACAUUAAAACCUAUAUUCAACAACAAAUACAAAAUAUUGAUGAUAGUGACAUUAAAACCUAUAUUCAACAACAAAUACAAAAUAUUGAUGAUAGCGACAUUAAAACCUAUAUUCAACAACAAAUACAAAAUAUUGAUGAUAGUGACAUUAAAACCUAUAUUCACCAACAAUUACAAAAUAUUGAUGAUAGCGACAUUAAAACCUAUAUUCAACAACAAAUACAAAAUAUUGAUGAUAGUGUUAUUCAACAACAGAUAACCACAAUUAAGUUUUCCCUAUGGAAUGAAAUGGCAUGGGGGAAAAGUGUGAACAUACUAAGAGCUCUAUAA